UUCAUCUUUGCUUGGAAUUUUCCUCCAUUUUCUCCCCCCACAGCCAAUUUUGACUCGGCUCGUGGGUGUAUUGCGCAAUAUAAACAACCAGAAGGGCAUUUUGGUCAUUGCGUUCAACGGAUGCAGCCCAGAUCCGUUCCCUCUGCCACCACCACCGCCGCCGCCGCCACCUUGUUCCCCUAUUUAAUCCAACGCCACCCCCACUGUUAGACACCGUAAAGGCCUCUCUUUUCCUGCUCCCCUUCCCACUUCUUGCUCCUUCCGAUGGCUGCUCUCUCCUCCCCUCAGUCUUUCCUCCUCCAACACCCCCUCCAUCCCUCCCCGAAAACCCCGUCCUUCCUCCCCCACAAGCAGCCCCUCCGCCCAAAGCCCUCCACCGUCUCCUGCACCGCCGUCCGGCUUCCCCCCGUCUCGAUCUCCGUCGCAAACGACCGGAUCUUCAACUUCGCCGCCGGGCCGGCCACCCUGCCGGAGUCCGUUAUCCUCAAGGCGCAGGCUGAGCUUUACAACUACCGUGGCUCGGGCAUGAGUAUCAUGGAGAUGAGUCACCGCGGCAAGGAGUUCGAUGCCGUCAUCAAGAAGGCUGAGUCUGACCUCCGCCGUUUGCUUGCCAUCCCCGACGACGACUAUGCUGUUCUCUUCCUCCAGGGCGGCGCCACCACCCAGUUCGCCGCUGUUCCACUCAACCUCUGUGCACCGGGGGACGCCGUGGACUACGUCGUCACCGGGUCUUGGGGCGACAAGGCCUUCAAGGAGGCCCAGAAGUUCUGCAAGGCUAAUCUCAUUUGGUCGGGCAAAUCUGAUAAGUAUACCAAGAUCCCAUCUUUCGAAGGGCUUGAGCAGAAUCCCAACGCAAAGUAUUUGCACAUCUGCGCCAACGAGACGAUCCAUGGGGUGGAGUUCAAGAAUUACCCCACCCCGAGCAACAAAGAUGCGGUCUUGGUCGCUGAUAUGUCUUCUAACUUCUGCUCGAAACCUGUCGAUGUGUCAAAAUUCGGUGUCAUCUAUGCUGGGGCGCAGAAGAAUGUUGGUCCCUCUGGCGUCACGAUCGUGAUCGUUCGGAAAGAUCUUAUCGGCAACGCCCAGCCGAUUACGCCCGUGAUGCUGGACUAUAAGAUCCAUGCAGACAGCGCUUCCCUCUACAACACUCCACCGUGCUUUGCGAUCUAUAUAUGUGGUCUGGUAUUCGAGGAUCUGCUGGAGCAGGGUGGGUUGGUGGAGGUGGAGAAGAAUAACACCAAGAAGGCUGGAAUUCUCUAUGAUGCUAUUGAUGGGAGUGACGGGUUCUACGUGUGCCCUGUCGAGAAAUCAGUUCGGUCGUUGAUGAACGUGCCUUUCACGCUGCAGAAGUCUGAUCUCGAGAAGAAAUUCAUCGAGGAGGCUGCGAAGGAAGGAAUGGUUCAGCUUAAGGGACAUCGGUCGGUGGGUGGCGUUCGGGCUUCCAUUUACAAUGCGAUGCCAUUGGCAGGAGUGGGGAAGCUUGUUGCUUUCAUGAAGGAUUUCCAAGCCAGACACCCUUGAAUUAGAUGUCGUAGUGUCUUGCUUGUCAUGAGAGAGGCUCUUGUCUUCCAGGAAUGGUUCAUAAUGUCUUAAUGUUGGCUAAUUUCGGAUGCAUCAAAUUCAAAUCUUAGUUUGCUUCCAUA